ACUGUUUCCCCCACUCUCCCUUUCAAGGCUGUGUCUGAAAGCUCCGAAAUGCCUCCACAGCUAGCUGAAACCUACGUGUGCGUGCCAUCCACGGAGCGUGGCCGAGGAAUUUUGAUCUCUGGUCACCCAAAAUCCGAUUCUAUUCUCUACACUAAUGGGAGAUCAGUAAUUAUUCUCGAUCUGCAUAAUCCCUUGCAAGUCUCGAUCUACGGUGAGCAUGCGUAUCCGGUCACCGUGGCGCGGUUCUCGCCGAACGGAGAGUGGAUCGCGUCCGCCGAUACGUCGGGCACCGUGCGGAUCUGGGGAGCCCGUGAUGAGCAUGUGUUGAAGAAGGAGUUUCGUGUUUUGUCGGGCCGGAUCGACGACCUCCAGUGGUCUCCCGAUGGGUUAAGGAUCGUUGCUUGUGGCGAUGGGAAGGGGAAAUCGCUUGUUCGCGCUUUCAUGUGGGAUUCUGGCACUAAUGUUGGAGAAUUUGAUGGCCAUUCAAAACGUGUUCUUAGUUGUGCUUUCAAGCCAACAAGACCAUUUCGCAUCGCAACAUGUGGAGAAGAUUUUUUGGUGAAUUUCUAUGAAGGACCACCAUUUAAAUUCAAAUUAUCUCACAGGGAUCAUUCAAAUUUUGUCAAUUGUGUUAGGUUUUCUCCUGAUGGCAGCAAGUUCAUUAGUGUAAGCUCUGACAAAAAGGGUAUAAUAUUUGAUGGAAAGAUUGGGGGUAAGAUUGGAGAGUUGUCCUCUGAAGAUGGUCAUAAAGGCAGCAUUUAUGCUGUCAGCUGGAGUCCUGAUGGUAAACGGGUGCUGACAGUGUCUGCUGACAAGUCAGCAAAAGUCUGGGAGAUCUCUGAUGAUAAUCAUGGGAAGGUAAAGAAAACAUUGACUCCUCCUGGCUGUGGUGGAGUGGAUGCCAUGCUUGUUGGAUGCCUUUGGCAGAAUGAUUAUCUUGUCACUGUUUCUCUUGGUGGCACAAUCAGUAUAUUUUCAGCAAGUGAUCUAGAGAAGAGCUCACAGCAAUUAUCUGGACACAUGAAAAGUGCUACUUCAUUGGCUGUGCUCAACAGUGACCCAAAAGUUAUAUUGUCUAGCAGCUAUGAUGGUUUAAUUGUUAAAUGGAUUCUAGGAGUUGGAUAUAGUGGAAAGUUGCAGAGGAAAGAGAAUUCUCAAAUCAAAUGUCUAACUGCUGUUGAAGACGAGAUUGUUACAUCUGGGUUUGACAACAAGAUAUGGAGAGUUUCUCUACAAGGGGAUCAGUGUGGAGAUGCAAAUUCCAUUGAUAUUGGCAGUCAGCCAAAAGACUUAAGCCUUGCCCAUCUCUCACCUGAACUUGCUUUGGUCAUGACUGAUUCCGGAGUUGUUAUGCUUCGUGGUGCAAAAGUAGUGUCAACCAUUAACCUUGGUUUUGAUGUGACAGCUUCUGCCAUUGCACCUGAUGGAAGUGAGGUCAUUAUAGGUGCACAAGAUGGUAAACUGCGCAUAUACUCAAUUAAAGGAGAUACGCUUAUAGAGGAGGCUGUCCUUGAGAAACACCGGGGAGCUGUUAGUGUCAUACGUUACUCUCCUGAUCUUUCAAUGUUUGCUUCAGGUGAUCUAAAUCGAGAAGCCAUAGUCUGGGAUCGUAUCUCUCUAGAGUUGAAGCUUAAGAACAUGUUAUACCACACUGCACGCAUCAACUGUCUUGCUUGGUCUCCUGAUAACAAUAUGGUUGCUACUGGAUCUCUUGAUACCUGUGUUAUAAUAUAUGAAGUCGACAAGCCAGCAUCCAGUCGUAUGACUAUAAAGGGUGCUCAUUUAGGUGGGGUUUAUGGUUUAGCUUUCACUGAUGACCACACUUUGGUUAGUUCUGGUGAAGACGCUUGUAUCCGUGUUUGGAAGGUGACCCCACAAUAAGGAUGAUUUCUGUAUGUAGGUGAUACUGUGGUCAAGAUUUAGACUUUUGGUUAAUCCAAGUUGAUUUUUUGGCUUUGGUUUGUUUGAAUUUGGCUUGUCAUGGUGUGGAAGGAACAAAAGGAAACUAAUACUACAAGGAACUGAACAUCAUACUAGCACUUUUGCAACUAUCUGGGUUAUAAUCCAAAUGGCUAUUUUCACUGAACAGUUCAAUUCACCGACAGGCUAGACUUUGGCCCUUUUGCAGGGUGGGGUUUUCUUGUUGAUAUCCCUGAAUGCUAGACGUUUAUUCAGUGUUUACAAAUGUUCUAAUUGCAUUAGUAUUUUUGGCACUCUCAUCUACAACCAUUUUUGUGAAAGAAGAAAGUUCAAACCUGACUAUAGCUGCCGAUGCAUGGUUCAGGGCAAAGAAAGGAUUCUGGUUCUGUAUGCUUUUCCCCAAUUUAGUUCCUUGGAAGAAGGUAUGUUGUAAUCUUUGAAAAUGUACCAGAAUUUGCAGGUUUUUCAUGUAUCAACAAAAGGUGUGUAGCUUUUGUGAGUUGAAAA